GUCUUUUACAACAAAAAAUUAUUGUGUUGCGAUGCAGUCACUAUAAAUUCUAAGAUACUUCCUGUGCUUUGUCCACUUUUAGCAACAAAAUAUUAUCAAUUAAAAUUUGAUAAAACGCAGAUUUCGUGGAGGAAAAAUAUCAGUCAUACAUCUACAUAAUAAAUGUUAAGUCUAUUUGGCUUGAUUUUAGCAGCUUGAAGAGAAUUCUUAUUUUCAGUGGAAGAUGCUAAUGUGAUAUUAGUCAAUUUGUUUAUAAAAAAUAUAAACAUUAAGCAUAAUCAAAAUGACGGUCGACUUUAAUGACUACUUUUGGGGGGAGAAAAAUAAUGGAUUCGACGUUCUUUAUCAUAAUAUGAAAUUUGGCUUACAAGCUAGCAAAGAACUUUCGGAGUUCUUUAGAGAGAAAUCAAAUAUUGAAGAACAAAACUCAAAAUUAAUGUCAAAACUAGCUCACAAGGCUAGUACAGGAACACUAAACAGUACAUUCGCACCAAUAUGGACAAUAUUACGAACAUCGGCAGAAAAACUUUCUACCUUACACAUGCAAAUGGUGCAGAAACUAAGCGAACUUGUAAAAGAUGUAGCAAAGUAUGCCGAUGAACUGCAUAAGAAGCAAAAGGCUGUUAAAGAGGAAGAAGCUCAAACUUUGGAAUGUGUGAAAGCCAUACAAUUUUCGACUUCAGAGGUGCAAAAAGCAAAAGAUAUUUAUAGUGGCAAGGUACAGGAAUUGGAAAAACUACGAAAGGACAAUGCUUCGCAGAAAGAUAUUGACAAAAUGGAAACGAAAUUGCGAAAGUUGCAGGAGGAAUACAAAGUGUUAUUGGAUAAACAUAAUCCUAUUAAAAUCGAAUUCGAACGUCGAAUGACGCAGACAUGUAAACGUUUUCAAGAAAUUGAAGAGGUCCACUUGCGACAGAUGAAAGAGUUUCUAUCCACAUACUUGGAAUUACUACAAAACAAUCACGAUAUGGUCGGACAAGUGCAUUCGGACUUUAAACGGCAGUUUUUAGACAUGACCGUUGACAAAUUGCUGGAACAAUUUGUUUUAAAUAAAUACACAGGCUUGGAAAAACCUGAAAUGCCAGAACUUGAAUUCAUUCCAUUAUCAAUCAAUCAACAGACGCUAGCUUCUUCGAAUGCCCGUCUUAAUCAACCAUCGAUAACUUCGAAUUCUAAUUCUGUAACCAGUAUCAACCGUGGAGGAAAUACUGCAUCGGAUCAACGUGGGGCUGAGGGCUUGUCAAUAGGUAGCAUUGCUAGCGGUAGUAGUGGCUUAGCAAAUGUCGAUGAAGCAAUGAACGAAACAAGAAUUUCAAAGCCACUAUCUCGACCAACAUCGCCUGAUGGUAAUUCCACCAAUGCUGCAGGCGGAUUGAAAAGUAAUUUCCGAAAUUGGUUUUCUUCUAAUAACACGAACAAACAACAGCAACAAAAUGUUGGAAUGCCUACUUCUGUCACUAGUGGUAGUGGAAAUUUCGGUACGGAUAGUAAUUGCAUCACAAGUUCGCUAUCAGCCAAUAUAAUCACAAAUAAUACUACUUGUACCACCACCACUACUGGCACAAAUACCACAACCAUCAACAAAAAUCCUCUAAAAUCAGAGCUUCAAUCACAACAGGAAAAACAUACUCAAGUGGAACAACAAGAUGCUUUAACGUCAAAUCCUGCCGAUGCCAAAAAUGCAGAGAGUUUACUGACAAAAACACAGCAGUGUUCCCCAUCACAGCAAAAUAUAACAAAAAAGACUUCUUCAACAACCGCAAACACAUCCACAUCGUCAACAGUGUUUGGUACAACAAAUCAAAGACGAACAACGUCCCUAUUGAAUAUAUUCUCUUCGAAUUCCCAGGUGUCGGAACUUUUACGAAGUCGCCGAGACAAAACAAAGGCUAAGAAGUCGAAGAAAAAGAAAGAAAAUGACAUUGCUGACAAUAUUCAAGAGGAGCGAACUCUUAGUCUGGAACAAAGCAAUAAUUUUGCUGAAUAUGAUGAUACCAAAAUAAAAAAUGUAAACUCUAGUGGAAGUAGUACUGGUGGCUUAGCUAUUUCUUCUACUUCGGCAUGUGGAAGCUUGGAAUCUGCGGGAACCAGUAUUCCAGUUUCGGUGCCAAACACUGGUACAAAUAUAGGACUACAUAAUGUGGGCGAAAUUGGAGAUAUCAGCCAUAUAAAGAAUAACAACAACAUUACACCUUCAUUGGGCCAGGCAACCGAUGGUAACGACGUCGAUGAAGAUGGUUAUAGCAUCCAACCUCCAAAAGAAGUGGCGUGGGAGGAACAUACUGAAAAUGCGGGUAGUUUCUAUUCAGAUUCAGACUCCGAUUCGGAAAAUGAUAGGCCCGAAAAACGUAUACAUGUUAAGAUUAAACCCCUUAACAACGGCCAGGCACCCAUGUCGGCAAGUGUCGAUGAACUGAGAGCUACUGUGGAGAAUAUUUCGCUAUCUCCCACUGGCGUAUUUACUCAGCACAGUCAGCAGUUACAACAGCAAUCAAGGCUGCCAUCACGACAACAAUCUCCAGAGAUUUCCAAUGCCUCAACACCAACAGCUGCGGUACAUCCAUAUGCACCCCUACAAAGUCCAACAUUAUCAAUGACUACAAAUUCAAGGUAUGCGGAUUUGGGUGACAUCUUUUCGGAAUUGGGAGACGUAAGUAGUUCGGCACCAGCUUCAGCGAAUCUUGCCAAGAGCCAUGGUCGGCAAAUUCCUACUCCAACCUCGGCUGUUAAUAGCAGUAUUGCAAUACCUCGUCCACCAUCCCGGCGAUCGGAGAUAGCUGUUGGUGCAAGAGGCCGCAUUAGCCCAGCUCCCAUAAAUUCCAUGAAUCGAGCCGACAGCAUAGGGUCGAUAGAGUUUCGCACCGCUAUUGGAGGAAUUGGAUCUUCGAGAGGUCCUUCUCCAUUAACUAUAGGCAUUUCGGAUACAGUCCCAUUGGCUGUUGCUUUUCAUGAAAUAAUUCAUGCAUAUUUCAGAGGAAGUGAUGAAUCUCGGUGUCAAGUAAAAAUAUCUGGCGACAUGAUGUUGUCAUUUCCAGCAGGAAUUGCUGGUCUAUUGGCGAACAAUCCUAAUCCAGCCAAAUUAGGAUUUCGUAUAAAAAAUGUCCAAAAUUUAGAAAACUUCAUACCAAACAGUAAAUUAGUUCAAGUUGACAAGAUUCAGUCAAAUUCAUUUGGUACAAUGCUCGAGUUUAAUAUGCCAGCAUUGACGUCGUUGUUGAGACGCCAAGCUGAACACAACCCAACAGCUUCGUAUUUUAACGUAGAUAUACUUAAAUAUCAGGCACGAACCAAACCAGGUGCUGGUUCAUGUCCCUUUCAAAUUGUGUCUUACUGGAAAUGCGAGCCAUCAUUCACUGCCUUGAAAAUUGAUUAUAAAUAUAAUAAUCAUGCCAUGGCAGCUGCAUGUCCCUUACUGAAUGUUACACUUUCCGUUCCUGUUAACGGAACGGUGCGAAAUGUGCAAUCCAAACCACAUUCGGCUUGGUUAGGUGAGUCGAACAGGUUGGUAUGGAACUUUACAGAUAUAUCCCAAAAUUCGCAGGACGGGGGAGUUGGAACACUAAGGGCUCGUUUGGAAUUAAACGACGGACCAUCUACUCCUGCUUUACUAAGUACACAAUUCAACUGCGAGGGUACAACACUCUCAGGUAUUGAGUUCGAGCUUCAAGGCCAAGGAUAUAGAGUAUCUUUGGUAAAGAAAAGAUUUGUUUCCGGAAAAUAUGUUUGUGAAGGAGAUGGUAUUCGCAGUGCGGCAACGCCAACCCCUCCAUCUGUCGGUUCUUGUAGUCCAUUUUCCGCAAAAUCCAAUUAAUAUGAUCAGUUGUUCUCAAGUACAUUACUGAUGCCUCAUAUUAUUUAAAUGUUUUAUUACAAUAUAUGUAUAUGCCGGAUAUAUGGAAAUCUAACAGUUAUUUGAAUUAUAGAAAAUAUUAAUGUAAGCCUGCAAGAAAAUCUGUUGUCAGAUAUCAACAGCAAUUUUGUAUAUGGUCCACAUUUAUUACCUUUAAAAUUUCUAUAUGCUUUUGAAAAAAAAAAAAAACACUUCAAAAUGUUUGUAUUAUUGUUAAACCUAUUGCUAUAACUAAUUAUUAUUCUCAUUAUUUUGUAGAUUUUUAAGUGUUGAUUAUAGGAUACAAAUGUUUUUUUUUCAUUUGAAAAGCCACAAAUACAUACCAUAACCAUAUUUUCAGAGCAAUUGCUUAUGUUGGAAAAAUUCAAAUUAGAAUUUUUUGCACUACAAAAAAUUUAACAUUGAAGUUUUAAGUUUAUCGCAUAUUUAAGUCUAUGUUUAUUUUGUGUAUAAAUACGAUGUUCUUACCGGAACAAUAAAUUGAUAAUUAAUAAAUAUUUUAUGAUAUUAAAAA